GUGUACAUUAUCAAGGUCACUUGGUCCAAUGGCUCAACAGAGGCAAUUUAUCGACGCUACAGCAAGUUCUUUGAUCUGCAGAUGCAAAUGUUGGACACAUUUCCAAUGGAAGGAGGACAGAAGGACCCUAAACAAAGGAUAAUUCCCUUUUUGCCAGGCAAAAUUCUCUUCCGCCGAAGCCACAUCCGUGAUGUUGCUAUUAAACGUCUUAUACCCAUUGAUGAGUAUUGUAAGGCUCUGAUCCAGCUGCCACCAUACAUCUCUCAGUGUGAUGAGGUUCUUCAGUUUUUUGAAACAAGGCCAGAAGACCUAAAUCCUCCUAAAGAUGAACCAAUUGGAAAGAAGAGAUCUGGACUUAUCCAGAGAACGGCUUCUGAUCUUCUGAGAGCUGGAGAUUUGUCAUCUGCUGAUCCCAUGGUGCUGGAACAAUAUGUGGUGGUGGCUGAUUACCAGAAGCAAGAGAGCUCUGAAAUUAGUUUGUGUGCUGGCCAAGUUGUGGACAUAAUUGAGAAGAAUGAAUCUGGCUGGUGGUUUGUAAGUACAUUGGACGAACAAGGAUGGGUUCCCGCAACAUGCCUAGAAAUCCAGGAUGGUGCCCAGGAUGAAUUUUCAAUGCAAACUGAAGAAGAGAAGUAUAUGGUGAUCUAUCCAUACGCUGCUCGGGAUCAAGAUGAAAUAAACCUGGACAAAGGAGCUACUGUGGAGGUGAUCCAGAAAAAUCUGGAGGGAUGGUGGAAAAUCAGAUAUCAGGGUCAGGAGGGCUGGGCCCCAGCAUCUUACCUGAAAAGAGGGAGCGGAGACCUACUUACAUCAAAACUGGGGUCUGCAGCUUCAGCCCAUUCACAUGCCUUGGAUAUGGAUGGACUUUCUCGGCAGCAGAACUCCCCAGGUCGAGACAAGGAUGGAGUGAGUAAUCAAAGAGAUGGAAGAUAUGAUGGCCGCCCAUUGCCCAAUGUGGACUUUCAACGAAAGUCACCAAAGAUGAGGCAAAGACCCCCUCCUCGUCGAGAUCUCACAAUACCACGGUGUGUCAAUCUGCCAAAGCCUCCAGUGCCCCCACAAGUGGAGGAAGAGUAUUACACUAUUGCUGAUUUCCAGACUACCAUCCCUGAUGGGAUCAGUUUCCAGGCAGGACUGAAAGUAGAGGUAAUUGAGAAGAACCUAAGUGGUUGGUGGUAUAUUCAAAUUGAGGAGAAGGAAGGCUGGGCACCGGCUACUUUUAUUGACAAAUACAAGAAAACUAGCAAUGCCUGUAGACCUAAUUUCUUGGCACCGUUACCAAAUGAGAUGGCACAGCUACGGCUUGGUGACAGCACAGCAGAGAACAGCUCUAAUGGAGACCCUGCUGGGCCAUCUCGACCUCUGCCUGAAGCACCCCCUAAUGGUAUUGAAUAUGGUAUCAAAUGGAAAGGAAAGGAGAUGUCCCAGGAUGCUUUGCCGGAGAACAGUGAUGCCUCUUUGUGUGUUGGGUAUGAAGAAAUAGGUGAUCGAGAUAUGGAAGAGAAACCGAGUCUUCCUCCAAGGAAGGAAUCCAUAAUUAAAUCAGAAGAGGAAUUACUGGAAAGACAAAGAUUGGAGCAGCGGCCUCCUCCAAAACCUCCUGGCAUGAUUUUGCCUGCAAUUCCCCCAAAGCAGAUCGUGCCUCCAAGGGACAACAAGAAGCCAGAGCUGAAAACAGAGAAGGGCAAAUUGUUCCAGUUGAAAAACGAAAUGGGUCUUGAGUGUGGACAUAAGGUUUCUCCAAAAGAAAUAAAGAAGCCCAACCUCCGUCCCACAGUCAAGCCAAUGAAACCAAAGAUGGAGCCCCCAGAGGAUAAGCCUGAAGCAGCUACCCAAAACCUUUUCCUGAAAUCAAAACCUCAGAUCAGACCGAAGCCAGCACCUGCUCCUAGGACAGAUCCUCCUCAGUCAGAGAACAAAUUAGAUCUUUGCAACCUGAGGAGCAAACUCAAGCCUGCAAAGGCUCAAGAGAAGCUGUCAGAGCAGGAUCCUGUGGUCAAUGAGAGUGCCUUCAGUAACAGUGGACUUCCAGUAGAAUCUUCUGUCAAAUCUCAGGAAAAGCCCAACAUGGAGAUUAGACCUCCCUCUAGACCUGACAGCCAAAUCUUUAAGGAAGUUCCUUUCCCCAAGGUUCCUGUGGGCUCAUCAAAGCCAGGUGAAAAUGAACCCAAGAGCAGCUUUCCUGUACCUAGGGAACCCCCUCAACGUCCAGUAGUACCUCCCAGAAGGCCUCCACCUCCUAAGAAAUCAAGUGCGCCAGCACCCUCAGCUUCAUUGGCCCCCCCUGUCCCACAGAAGGAAGUGCCUGAAGUUCGAGCUGUCCCAGUGUCUAGUAGGCCAAUAUUGGUUCCACCAAAAGCCAAAGCCUUCCUGCCCUGUCCUGGCCAAGAGGAAACCAAAACAAAAAGCAGCUCAGGCCAAAAGUCAUUGCCCAAGCCUGUGGAGAAGGAAAGAUUAUCCAUUCCAAUUACCAACCUGGAUGUCUCAAAAGAAGCCCUCUAUGUGGCUGUGGCAGAUUUUGAAGGAGAUGAAGAAACUAGCAGUUUUAAAGAAGGGACUGUUUUUGAAGUCCGUGAGAAGAAUAGCAGUGGCUGGUGGUUUUGCAAAGUCCUCACAGCAGGGCCAUGUUGGGAAGGCUGGAUUCCUUCCAAUUAUCUCCGAAAAAAGCCAUAGCCCUGUUGUUGCUUUUGCAUUAUAGCAGCUCAACAAACCCCAUUUUAGUACUGCAAUAUUUAAUUAGCUUAUUUAUAGUUCUUCAUAAGGCCAACUCUAUUAGAAACAACAAAAAGCAAAGUAUCUGGGAUAACAAACAUUCCAAUUUGGGUAUGUUUCCAAAAUGAAUUGCAAGAGGAAACAUGCCAUUAUGUAGUAUUAUACCUAGGUUACUCUUCCUUCUGUAGGUAAUUCAUUUCUUGAACAAUUUUCACAGAAAAAAGGAAAGCAAGAAGAAGAGCCAUUUUUCUAUUUCAGCAUCAUGUGCCAUUUAACGUCACUAAAUAUAAUCAUGGGCUAAGAAGCUUCAUGGCAAGGAAAAUAUAUAAGUAAUACGAUUCCAUAAUAGGUACUUAGGUGCAAAGAGCUAUCCCAGUUGUUGUUGUUCAUUAUUUUAGUCUUCUGUCUCUGUAUUUUCUUCUGAUAUGAACAAUGCAUCUGCCAUAGCUCCCCUUUAUAUGACAGCUAGUGUUUUUAUGUAAGCACCAUAUUUGAAGAUUUGUUAAUGAAGUUCAAUGUAUUCUCUGCAAUGCAGAUCUAUGUCUCACUUGGAUUUUUCAGUAUCUUAAUCUCAUUUCAGUAAAUGUCGAGGGCAUGGCGUACAGGUUAUCCAUGUCCAUACGGUUGGUGCUGCAUCUUUGAGACUUGCUCUACCAAUCUUUUAUCUACAUCUGCAAAUAAGUCUUCUGACCUUUCUAGAUUUUGGCUCAUCUUUUCUAAAUCUAGAAGGUAACAGAAUGAGAACCCUCUAGGCUCAGGCUCAGUCUUUCUAGGAAAGUCUUUAACGUUAAAGUUGGACUAAAGGAAAUUUACAAAGAAUUUACCUCAGCCUGUUAUCUCUUCCUCAUAUAUUUUACUGUGAGAGCUUUUUCAAAAAGCUUGGUUUCCUACUUUUGUGUUUCUUUAGAAUGUAAAUUAAAUUGGCAAUGUCUUUUGAAACAUGCAGUCAGGCUAAAAGAACAGCACACUUUUAAGAGCUAUGUGAAUUAUUUGAAUUAUCUUAGGCAAAGGCCUGUUUAAAUCCUGGUCAACUAGUGACAGAUUAUGGCAAUUUUAGUGACGUGAACUGAAUCUAGAAAUGUCAAGAACCAUUUAAUAAGACCAGUAGUGGGUUCCAAAUCCUGGCGCUUCCAGUUCACUAUUGGGAGCGUGUGGCAUUUCUGCACAUGCGCAGAAAGUUCUGCGCAUGCGCAGAGCAUUUUUUAUGAUGUCUGAGGGCAUGGGCAGAGCCUCCUACUGCCGCCGCUACCGGUUUGCCCAAAUCAGGGCAAACCGGUAGCAACCCACCAUCGAAUAAGACGUAAUUUGAAGCUACAGAUAAGAGGCAAAAGAUUCAUAAAUAUGAAAAAUAACUGUAUGGAACUCGUUCUUCUAAAAUAUGCAGAGGCCACCUUUUUUCCUACUCAUUUCUGUAUACUUAAAUGGACAAGCAUGAUUAAAAGAAAUAUGUUGUUGCCUUUCUUUUUUAUUUCAUACAGUAGAAAUAUGUGAAAUAAGAAUAUGCCAAAAAGUGAUAACUUCUCAUUUAUAGCCAUGACAGUUUCUGAACAAUUGAUGAUGCAGAGAUUUUAACUACAUCAUUUUCAAUAAUUCUCACCUGUUCAAUUACUGUGUGGUUUGAGGGUGUAGGUAGAAUCUGGCAUGCGAAAAUUAACCAUACAAUUUAUGUUGAAAAGAUUUUACAGGAAAAGAAAAAAAAACUAGUUUUAAAAAGGCAAUACAACAUUUGUGUAACAGGAAUUUGCCCAGUAAGCUCCCAUGAGCCGAAUCUCACUGAUUUUUUGAAAUUAAAUCAGCUUAAGUCCAGCUCUAAAAUUUGCCUGUAAAAAUCAGUUCUUGGGGUUUAAGUGGCUGCAUUUUUCUCAAAGGCAGGUCAGUCUGACUAUUACUUACACAGAUUCAGGAUAUUAAUUACAGGGGUAUGAUUCAUCUGUCCAUUGAUUAGACAUGAGAUCAAGAGAAGUCAUUCUGAGAGAGAUCCUGCUGCAUAAAAGUAGAAAUCUUACUUUUUAUUUGUUCUGAUUGACUUUGCUCUGAUUUUACCAUCAGUCUUUUACUACUGUUAAGCAGUGGUUGAACCAUUUGCUAUUCUGCAACUUUUGUUCAAUGUAUACCUUAGUUCCCUUCUUGGCACUAUUCUGUAUGUGUGGUCUAGGGACAUUACAAUAUCCAUUACAGAAUCUUUGCCUGUAUAAUUAAAUAAUUGGUAUUAAAAUACAUGUUUCUUGUUCAGUAUUAUUUACCCAUCUCUAAUCCUAGCCCUUUUCCUUUGCCCUGUUCCUAAAAACGAAGACAUUCCUCAAGUAGAAAGGACUAAAAACCAUUUCUAGUAUUUCUUGUUUCUUCCAUGUUUCUUUCUUGAAAUUUUUUUUUCUCAGAAAACGGACUGAAGGAUCAGGUUGGUCUGGGUUAAUAAAGCACUCUGAUUGAAAGGAAGCCAUUGCAUUACACAUCUGUGCCUCACUUUUUAUAUUACAUGGGAUAGAAGCAAUUAUGAAGACCUGACUUGCUGGGAUAUGAGAAGUGUUGAGCUAAUGUUUGCCUCAAUGCUUUCGUUGCCUUAUACCAAAAGGUAUAUCAUUCUGAAAAGGAUAACCAGAUGCCGUAACAUGAAACCUGCUGUUUACUUUCCAAGUUCACUGACCACAUAUCGGUUGGACUAAAGGAUAUUCUUGUAUUCCAGUUUCCUAGCCUUCUAACUGGGAUGUUCUUCAAUGGCCUUAGGCUCAUCCAUGUCUUUAAAAGUCUGUUUUAAUGUUUAAUGUUAUAUAUCAAUCUGUAUCAAUCUGUACGUUAAUUGGGUGGGAUUUAUGGGGAGGGGAUUUUUGACAACGGUAGACAUAGCCUAUGUAAAAUUCAUGUAUACUUCCAGCAUUAAAGGCUAGGUGAUUGUG